AUGCCUCCAAUCGAAGCAGGUGACGGGCCAUCAGCUUCUCGUGAGGCCGAUGCGUCCCGAGGCUCAUUUCAAUGGCCCUGGGCAAAGGAUACCGCAACACAAGAAGUCGUCGAGAAGGACAUGAAGGAUCCCGACUCGCGCAGUGAAGACUUGGGUACCAGGAGAAAAAAGGCUACACACACUGAUUCAAAGCCUGGCGCUUCCUUACCGAAUAAAACAGGCUAUAACGCAUCGCAAAAGAAAAAAACUCAAUGGAAGCCACCAUGGGAAGAAACAUGGGACAAAGUCGUGGAAGUCAUCAGCGCAAAAUGGCCUGAUGCAGAUAGUUCAAAGAAAAAAGAAACUGACCCGGGCAUCUCUGCUGAUACGAGUAUUUCAUCAGGCAGUGCAAGCAAUGGAAUUCAUACGAAAACUACAGGUAACGAGCCAUCCGCCCCACAAGGAUCAAGCAGCAUCCGAGAACUGUACAGUCCACCGGCUGAUGCAGCUGAUUCCAAAUCAGAACAACCUCCACAACGACGCAAAGGACCGAAGUGGCCAAAAAUGCCUUGGGUUCGAGGGGGCGAUGAGGAGACAACCGCAUCUGAUACCAAAGCAGGGGUCAAGAGAUCGUCUGGUCCAAGAAUCUCAACAGUCGAAACCGUGACGUCGGAGGAGGAAGAGCGUGCAGACUCCUCGCGUGCGCAAACUAAGUCAGCUGUAAGCGAGGAGACACGAAGUGAACGGGAUUCGUCUGCAGGCUCAGAGAUCAGCCCGACGUCGACAAUUAGCAAGAAGGAAGCGGACGACGGCAAAAUUCCCAAUACGCAAAGCUACGGCAACAGCGAUAAAAAGCCUUCGUUGCAGCUGCCACCUGUACGAUCUCAGUUGAAGGUGGGUCACAUUGAUGUCGCAUCUAUUCCGCAACGGGACGUCGCAACGAUUCGGUUGAUCUUUGGCUCAGAAACGUUCUUCGCGACAGAGACACUUUCACCACCUGGGGGUUUGAUUUUCCGUGGCAACUUGAGAGGCGAACCAAAAGCAACUAUUGCCAAGUUGGAAGACAGACUUACAUCUCGUCUUGGAGACAAGUAUACGCUGUGCUUAGCAGAAGGUGAAGAAGAUUUGAGACCCGUUGUCGUUAUUGUUCCGACUGCUCGAGACAAGCGACCUGCGACUCCACGACAGCAAUUUUUUGCCAUUGUCAUAGCGUUCAUGACAAUAAGUACUUGUCUUGCGAGAGGGGUCUUUGCAGCAUCGUACAAGCAAAUGAUUCAGCCUUAUUAUCCCAUUGCCGGUGCAUCGGUGUUUAAGAGGUUUUUCUCAGUUCCGAGUGCCAUCUCCCUGACAACUGCAGCAUCAAUUUGGAUAAUCAUUUUACUUUCCCAACUUGUUCAAAGGGUGGUGGCAUCUCGAUACGGAACCCGUGUUGCUCUGCCGUACUUCAUUCCGUCAUUUCAAUUGGGCUCGUUCGGUGCAAUUGUCCAACUGGCUUCACCUACACCAACCAGAGCUGCUCUUUUCGACAUCGCAUUCGCAGGGGCCGCCACACUCGUCAUUGCAUCGCUUGCUCUUUUGCUCAUUGGUCUGCGGCUAUCGACUAUAUUCUCUGGCGUGGUGCCUAUUCCGAUGUCUACCGUAUCCAGCUCGUUGGUGAUGGGAUUUCUAACCCAGCAAGUCCCACACGGCCAAGUAUUGGUGGACUAUGGUCGUUCUCUCAUUGCUCUUCACCCGCUGGCGGUGAUAGGUGCAAACUGCCUAACGAUCGCAGCGCUAAAUUUGCUUCCUAUGCGUCAGCUCGAUGGUGGGCGGAUCAUUUCCGCUCUCUACGGGAGAAGAACAGCUGUGUUUGCCUCGAGAGUAACCGUUUUGUUCCUAUUGUUGGCUAGUACGAAAAACCCAUACUUUGUGGUGUUUCUAGCAGCUGUAACUUUCGGGCCUUGGAGUGUUGAUCGGCCGUCAAAGAACGAGUUAACGGAACCAGAUGGUGUUAGAACUAUAGUGGGAUACUUAUUUAUGCUAUUAAUGAUUGGGGUACUUUUGCCUUAUCCGGCCUGUAAGUUCUUCGGGACAUUGUAGGAUUAAAGAGGAAUGAUACAAGCGAGGCGUGGGUUGAGCCGAGCCUCUUGUUUUUGGAA